AGUUCUGCCAUCUCUAGUUCAGUCGCACGGUCACACUUCAGACAUUGCAAAUAUUUUAGAAAAACUAUAUCGUUGCAAUUUUCAGCUGCCUGCGACGGAAAUACUGUGCAAAUGGUAAGAGCAACGGCAGAGACAAAGAAAGGCACACCUAUCCGAUUGGAAAACCAGCCGACGGCCAUUUUUGGCUAGCUAAGACGUGAUUAUUGGCCCGAAAGCACAAGAAGUGCAGCGCACAAUCAUAAGCACAUCAGUUAUACCCACAUCCUGGUCUCAUACACGCACACAAACACAGCGAGAGCGAGAUGUCCGAGAAAAACCUGAAAGUGGGCGCCCGCGUCGAGCUGACCGGCAAAGAUCUGCUUGGCACGGUUGCCUACGUGGGAAUGACCAGCUUCGCCGUCGGCAAGUGGGUGGGCGUCGUGCUGGACGAGCCGAAGGGCAAAAACAGCGGCUCCAUCAAGGGCCAGCAGUACUUCCAGUGCGAUGAGAACUGCGGCAUGUUUGUGCGACCCACGCAGCUGCGUCUGCUGGAGGCUGCACCUGGCAGCAGGCGCAGCAUCGAGGAUGUUAGCGGGGCUACGCCCACGGCUGCCCAACCCACAAAGGCGCGGCUGAGCAGCUCUCGCACCUCGCUCUCCUCCAGUCGCCAAUCCCUGCUGGGUUCCCGCACCCAGUUGACCACUUCUCUGAGUGAACGCACUGCCUCCAGCAGCAGUAUUGGCCCUAGGAAAUCCUUGGCCCCGCAAAACAGCAAGGAUAAGGAGUCCUCCAGCACUUCAUUGGCAGAAGGAGCCCAAGGAGCAAGCGGUGGCAACGGAGCCGCUUCGCAUGCCUCCUCCAAACGGGCUUCCUUCGUGGAGACGGGCUUCCUUGAAAUACUUAAGCCGCAGUUCACGCCUUCCCAGCCACUGCGAUCGCCCUCUUUCACCAUGCCCUCCAGCUCCGGUGCCGAAGACAAGAUCGCCCUGCUGGAGGCACAGAAAACGAGUGCCGAGCUGCAGGCUCAGCUGGCUGAUCUCACCGAGAAGCUGGAAACUUUAAAGCAGCGCAGGAACGAGGAUAAAGAACGGCUGCGGGAGUUCGACAAGAUGAAGAUUCAGUUUGAGCAGCUUCAAGAGUUUCGGUCGAAAAUCAUGACUGCUCAGGCUUCGCUCCAGAAGGAGUUACUGCGCGCCAAGCAGGAGGCCAAGGAUGCAAUCGAGGCCAAGGAGCAGCAUGCUCAGGAAAUGGCAGAUCUGGCAGACAAUGUGGAGAUGAUCACGUUGGACAAGGAAAUGGCCGAGGAGAAGGCCGACACGCUGCAACUGGAGCUGGAGUCCUACAAGGAGCGUAAUGAAGAGUUGCAAGUAGAUCUGGAUCUCUUACGUUCGGAGAUGCAAAACAAGGCCGAAUCCGCCAUCAAGAAUAUUUCUGGCGACGGAGAUUCGCCGGGCCUCUCUACUUAUGAAUUCAAACAACUGGAGCAACAGAACAUUCGUCUGAAGGAAACACUAGUGCGUCUGAGGGAUAUCUCUGCCCACGACAAGCACGACAUUCAAAAGUUGAGCAAGGAGCUGGAGAUGAAGCGCUCUGAAGUCACCGAACUGGAGCGCACCAAGGAGAAGCUUAGUGCCAAGAUUGAUGAACUGGAGGCCAUAGUCGCCGACUUGCAGGAACAAGUCGAUGCUGCACUUGGAGCCGAGGAAAUGGUGGAGCAGCUGGCUGAAAAGAAAAUGGAAUUGGAAGACAAGGUAAAACUGCUCGAGGAGGAAAUUGCCCAAUUGGAGGCCUUGGAGGAAGUGCACGAACAGCUGGUGGAGAGUAACCACGAACUGGAGCUGGAUCUGCGCGAAGAAUUGGAUCUCGCCAAUGGAGCCAAAAAGGAGGUGCUGCGAGAGCGGGAUGCUGCAAUCGAGACCAUCUAUGAUCGCGACCAAACCAUCAUUAAGUUUAGGGAACUCGUACAGAAGCUGAACGACCAGCUUACAGAUUUAAGGGAUCGCAAUUCCAGCAACGAAAAGGAGUCGUUGCAGGACCCCAGUUUGAAAAUGGUCACCGAAACCAUAGACUACAAACAGAUGUUCGCCGAAUCCAAGGCUUACACUCGCGCCAUCGACGUUCAACUACGCCAGAUUGAGCUGAGCCAGGCCAAUGAGCAUGUCCAGAUGCUUACAGCCUUCAUGCCUGAGUCAUUCAUGACUCGCGGUGGCGAUCACGACUCAAUCCUUGUGAUUCUACUCAUUUCACGCAUUGUCUUUAAGUGCGACAUUGUCGUUUCGCAAACGAGAGAGCGUUUCCCACCAGUGGACGCGAUUACCAGGGAGGCGGUGACCCAAGGCCAUGCCGUGCAGCAGUAUGCCUUCAAGUGUCGCCUGUUGCACUACGUCCACAGCCUCCAGUGUGCCCUUCACCAGAUCCUCUACGGACUCAACAGCUGUCAGCCGGACACACUCCUGAGAGCUGGAAGUUCCCUGCCCGAAAUGGUGGCCCAAGAAAAAAUAGUGGACGGUAUUAUCGAACUGCUGAAAUCCAACCAGCUGGACGAGAACAGUACCACGGAUAAUAUUGAGAAAUGUGUGGCCUUCUUCAAUGCCAUGAACUCUGUGCUUCUAGCCGGUGAACAGCUCCUGAACGAGAUUCAGAUGAUCCGGGACUGCGUGGCCUCCUUGGGAGCAGCUUGUGAAAGCAUUCUCAGCGACACAGCCAUUGCAAAGGUGAUCAUUCAAGAGGCGGGCGCCACCAGCGACUCAGUGCUGUUGCUCCAGUUCCUUAACGAGAACAUGGAAAGCGUGCGGCAGCAAGUUAAGCUGAUCAAGCGUCGCUUGCCCAGCGAUCAGCACGUGAUCAAGAGCGGUCUAUCGCAGCACAAGGUGGAGGCGAUGCGUGGUCUAGCCCAAAACAUCAGUCGCAUCAUGUCGGCGAUGCACCAGGCCACCAAGCAGUCGCUCGCCGCCAUCGUCUCCACCAUCGAGAGCGACAAUGCAGCGGAGCACACUUUGGCCCAGGAGAAGUAUUGGGCUCUGUUGACCGCCUCCUGCGAGCGUAUUUACGAACAGGAUGAUCGCGGACCGACGCAGAACUUUAAGACCUUGCUGGCGCAAGCUAACUCCGAUCUUCAGCUCAUUGCCCAACAUCUGCUGGACAAGGAGUACGACAUCAUUUCGGCAGCCAAUAAUGCCGGUAAUCAGCAGAAAUCGGGUGCCCACAGCACGCCCAUCACACAGAGGGCGCAGCUAAUCAAGAAGCAACUGGAGCAGAAGAACGUGCUGGCCGCCACGCUAGAGAAUCGCGAGGCGGACGUCAAACAGCUGAAGGUGGCAGCCAAGAUGAAGCAGAACGAAUUGAGCGAGAUGCAGAUCCGAAAGGAUCUAGCGGAGAAGAAGCUAAGCGUACUGCAGAACGAGUACGAGCACGCAGUCGACAUGUGGAAGCAGAAGUACGAGGAAACCCGCUUACAGCUGCAGCUUAAGGAGAAGGAGUUUGAGGAGACGAUGGACCACCUGCAAAGCGAUAUCGAUGCCCUGGAGAGCGAGAAGAGUGAUCUGCGCGACAAGCUGAAGCUGAACUCGACUACAGGCAAGGUUCAGCCCGGCUCGGAAUCCCAUUCCCCGCACAAUAUAUCGCUCGCAGGCACCAAGUCCACGCCUCCGGGCAUCAGCAAUGUUACCUACUCUGCUCCUGCCGGCACUGCUCCAGUGGUGGCCGAGGAAGUGGAGUUGCUGAAGAACGCCUUCAACCAGGAGCGCAACCAACGACUGCGUCUGCAGGCACAGGAUAUGCGUGCCAAGUUGUCCCAGUUUGAGCCCCUGCAUGUGCCUCAGCCACAGGACCAGCGCAUAACCGCCUUGGAAUCCGAGCUGACCAGGAUGAAGCACGCCUGGGUAUUGUCGCUGCUGCAGGUGCGCUCGCAGGAUUCAGUGAAUGCCGGUACACGUAUCGACGCCGUGGCACUCCAAAGGCGCAACCAGCCAGUUCCACUCAAGGGCGAGAUCAGCUCGAAGGCUUCCCAGCUGGCCUCCGACAUCCUGACGGAGUAUCUGCAAAGGAAACCCCAUCGUGCGACUCACGGACAGUUCGCCUCCUUUCCCACCGUCGAUGUGAAGCGUGUGCUGCAGAUCUAAAGCGGAUGUAUCGUGGCAAUGGAAUCGGGGUCAGGGGCAAUCUGAAUAGGAUAGAAUUUUAUUUGUACUGCUAGCACAAUUUUGGAUUCCUCCGCACAAGCAGCUUCCUCCAAAAUCCAAUAACACAGCUCCUCAAGACUCCCUGCUCCUGUGAUGUGACCUAAACAUGAUAGCUAAACGAAGAGCAACUGAGAAAUUAUAAUUCUACACUUAAUUUAUGUUUUUUGUAUAAAGAUUAUAAACCUAUUGUAAAACUAACUUUGUGUUUAACUCCAACAAAGCCUGUUCUGAAACUAAACUCAAGCGAACUAAUACCGGUAUUAUCUAUGAAGUCUAUAGCAGGGGAGAACUAUGUGAAAGACAUAACUAAACCAGAGAAACAAAUCUAAUUUGCAUACGUGAGAAUAAAUAGUAUAUUAUUAUAUAUUAAAGGUAAAUAUAUUUUGCUGAUGUUGUAUAACUCAAA